AUUCUCGAUGCGGGAAUAAAUCCAAAGCAGUUACGUGGAUCGCGAACCGGCGUUUUCGUGGGCGCGUGUUUCUCAGAAUCCGAAAAGACUUGUGAAUUAGGCUUUGGUAUCACUGGAUGUAGCAGAGCUAUGUUGGCGAAUAGGAUUUCUUAUUGGCUAGGAGUGACUGGACCAUCUUAUACUCUGAAUUCUGCCUGCAGUUCGAGCUUACUCGCCCUAGAACACGCUUAUCGGUGCCUGCAAGACGAUCUAUGCGAUGCUGCCAUUGUGGGCGGAUCAAACUCGUACGAGUUGUGA